AUCAACAAUCAACAUCCAUCACCUCAACACUCCGCGCAAGCUCCAGAAUCCUUUUCGGAAUAUCUGGACAUAUUUCACUACCUCCUCCUGCCAUCCAUUGAUCGAUCUGCACAAUGAGCGGACCAACAGGAGAUUUCGGCCUCAUCGGUCUGGCCGUUAUGGGUCAGAACCUGAUCCUCAACGCCGCUGAUCACGGAUUUAACGUCGUUGCGUUCAACCGUACCGUAUCAAAGGUUGACCACUUCCUCGCCAAUGAGGCCAAGGGAAAGUCAGUUCAAGGUGCUCAUUCCAUCGAGGAAUUUGUCAGCAAGCUUAAGAAGCCCCGUCGCAUGAUGCUCUUGGUUAUGGCUGGUAAGCCAGUCGACGACUUCAUCGAGACCCUCCUUCCAUACUGCGAGAAGGGCGAUAUCAUCAUCGAUGGUGGCAACUCUCAUUUCCCUGAUACCAACCGCCGAACAAAGUACUUGGCAGCAAAGGGUAUCCGAUUUGUCGGUACUGGUGUUUCUGGUGGUGAGGAGGGUGCCCGAUAUGGACCAUCUCUCAUGCCCGGUGGAAACGAGGAGGCCUGGCCAUACAUCAAGGACGUCUUCCAAAGCAUCGCUGCCAAGUCUGAUGGCGAAGCCUGCUGUGAGUGGGUUGGUGAUGAGGGUGCUGGCCACUACGUCAAGAUGGUGCACAAUGGUAUCGAGUACGGUGACAUGCAAUUGAUCUGCGAAGCCUACGAUAUCAUGAAGCGUGGCCUCGGUAUGCAAGACAAGGAGAUCGGUGACGUUCUGACAAAGUGGAACAAGGGCGUUCUCGAUUCUUUCCUGAUCGAAAUUACCCGUGAUAUCAUGUACUUCAACGAUGAUGAUGGAACUCCACUUCUCGAGAAGAUUCUUGACUCUGCAGGACAGAAGGGCACCGGAAAGUGGACUGCCAUCAAUGCUCUUGAUCUCGGUAUGCCAGUUUCCUUGAUCGCUGAGGCUGUGCUCGCUCGUUGCUUGUCUUCCAUCAAGGGCGAGCGUACUCGUGCCUCAAAGGUCCUCGAGUUCGUUGGCCGAUCCAACAAAUUCGAAGGUAACAAGGAGCAAUUCCUCGAGGAUCUCGAGCAAGCUCUGUAUGCCUCAAAGAUCAUUUCAUACGCCCAAGGUUUCAUGCUCAUGCAAGAGGCUGCUAAGGAGUAUGGCUGGAAGCUCAACAAGCCAUCCAUUGCCCUUAUGUGGCGUGGAGGUUGCAUUAUCCGAUCCGUCUUCCUGAAGGACAUCACUGCUGCUUACCGUGCAAACAAUGACCUUGAGAACCUCCUCUUCAACGACUUCUUCAACAAGGCUAUCCACAAGGCUCAACCGGGCUGGAGAGAUGUUGUCGCUAAGGCUGCUCUCCUUGGUAUCCCGACACCUGCUUUCUCCACUGCUCUCUCAUGGUUUGACGGUUACCGUACUAAGGAUCUCCCUGCCAACUUGCUCCAGGCCCAGCGUGAUUACUUUGGUGCUCACACCUUCAAGAUCAAGCCUGAGUUCGCAAAUGCCAAGUACAAGGAUGGAGAGAACAUCCACGUCAACUGGACUGGAAGAGGUGGUAACGUUUCAGCGUCUACUUACCAAGCAUAGAUGGACAGAGGUAAUGGGGAAAUUUGCAACUAAAAGAUUGAUGAACAAACAAAUGCACUGCCUGUAUUUAGACUUUGAACUUUGAGAAGGCAAUGACAUACCUGAU